AUGUCUUACUAUGAUCUCGACUCUAUUCUUACCGAUGCUCAGAAAGUCCCCUGCACUUUCGAAUUUGAUGUGCCCGGCCUUGGCUACCUCGAUAACAAUGUUGGUCAUACGCUCAAGUCUAGUACUCGUGUAGAAUUGCCCCUUUGGCUUGCAGAAAUGCUGGCCGUCUCGACUAUCUCAACUACCAAAACUCUCGUUACACUCGACCUUCCGCAAUGUCUAGCUCCGCGUGUGAUGAACGCUCUCAAAGCCGAUCCGAUAUCUGUUGACAUUAGAACCCUUGCGCCUAACUUUUAUGGACUUGGAGCUAGAGUAUUGGAGCUUUUCGAGGAAGAGGAGGUCUGUGAUAUUUUGAUGCAAACAUGGCGAGCCCGCGCGGCAAUUAUCAACGAUCAUGCGAGUAAUACAGGUACCAACAGGCGACAUGGUGUUGGAGGAGUUGGAUCAGGAGGUGUAGAAUUUUUGAGAGGUUUAGAUGAAGCCGAGAGAGAGUUGUUCAGGGCAAGCCACGACAGCAUGAAGAGAGUUGGCCAGUGGAUGUGGAAAAUUAAGAAAAAAUGA